UCAGCCUUCCGGACCUCCGGGCCCAAGUAGUGGGCACGGAACAGGGGACUAGCAGCCCACUGGCCAUAAGGCCCAGCAGUCUCUGGCCAUGGACCGGGACCUUUUGCGGCAGUCGCUGAAUUGCCACGGGCCGUCUUUGCUCUCCCUGCUCCGGAGCGAACAGCAGGACAACCCGCACUUCCGGAGCCUGCUGGGGUCGGUGGCCGAUCCUGCCCGGGGCCUUCUGCACCAGCAGCAGUUACAGGGCAGAAAAGAAAGGAGAGUUGACAACACGGAAAUACAAAACUUUAUCUCCAAAAAAGCAGAUCUUCUUUUUGCGGUUUCCUGGAAAUCAGAUGCACCCGCACCUUUUGGAGUUCAUGAAGACAAUGAAGAUCAUUAUGCAGUCAUGCCACCUUUAGAACAAUUCAUGGAAAUACCUAGUAUGGACCGGAGAGAGCUGUUUUUCAGAGAUAUUGAGCGUGGUGAUAUAGUGAUUGGAAGAAUUAGUUCCAUUAGGGAAUUUGGUUUUUUCAUGGUCUUGAUCUGCUUAGGAAGUGGCAUCAUGAGAGAUAUAUCCCACUUAGAAAUCACAGCUCUUUGUCCACUAAGAGAUGUGCCUUCUCACAGUAAACACGGGGAUCCUUUAUCAUAUUACCAAACUGGUGACAUCAUUCGAGCUGGAAUCAAGGAUAUUGACAGAUACCAUGAAAAGCUUGCAGUAUCUCUGUAUAGCUCAUCUCUUCCACCAUACCUAUCUGGUAUUAAAUUGGGUGUAAUUAGCUCUGAAGAACUUCCUUUGUACUACAGGAGGAGUGUUGAACUCAAUAGCAAUUCUUUGGAGUCCUAUGAAAAUAUCAUGCAGAGUUCCUUGGGAUUUGUUAAUCCAGGAGUAGUUGAAUUCCUUUUAGAAAAACUAGGAAUAGAUGAAUCUAAUCCACCAUCUUUAAUGAGAGGCCUACAAAGCAAAAAUUUCUCUGAAGAUGAUUUUGCUUCUGCUUUAAGGAAGAAACAAUCUGCAUCUUGGGCUUUAAAAUGUGUCAAGAUUGGAGUUGAUUACUUUAAGGUUGGACGCCAUGUGGAUGCUAUGAAUGAAUACAAUAAAGCUCUGGAAAUAGACAAACAAAAUGUGGAAGCUUUGGUAGCUCGUGGAGCACUAUAUGCAACAAAAGGAAGUCUGAACAAAGCAAUAGAAGAUUUUGAACUUGCAUUAGAAAACUGUCCAACUCACAGGAAUGCAAGAAAAUACCUCUGCCAGACACUUGUAGAAAGAGGAGGACAGUAA